AUGGCUGGAAAAGUUUCUUACAGUUGUGUUUUAUUUUUGUGCAUAUUGUACAGUGUCACAAGUUUCAACCUAGAGCCGAGAAUUCCUGUGAUAAAGUUCGGAGAGCCGGGUUCUUAUUUUGGAUUUUCUGUUGCCGAACAUCUAACUAUAAGUAAUGAAGGACAAAAAACUAGUUGGUUGUUAGUUGGUGCUCCAUUGGGUCAGAAUUUGCAGCCGAAUACGACGAAAUCCGGGGCGCUAUGGAGGUGCAGAGUGAAUUCAGCUCCUAAUGACUGCGAACAAAUAGUCACGGACGGCAAACGAACGAAGUACGGCAAGAUAAAUACGAGUCUUGACUCCUUCCAUUUGACUGGGCCUCAUCCAGAUGAAAUAAAGGACGGUCAAUGGCUCGGCGUGUCUGUCAGGAGUCAGGGUGCGGGGAAAAAGGCAGUCGUCUGUGCACACAGAUAUAUCCGCAAAUCUGGAGAGUCUCAAUUUGGACAAGGGCUCUGUUACACUCUCAGUAAUGACCUCCAGUUGAUCGACAUGUGGGAGCCGUGUCGAGGUCGGUCGGUUCAGAGGGAACACGAAGAAUUUGGUUUCUGUCAGGUUGGAACAAGUAGUUCUCUUCUUGAAGACGACACAUUAGUUCUAGGCAGUCCAGGACCAUACACUUGGAGAGGAACCAUUUUCACUCAGGAUACCAACGAUGAUUUGCUUGAACGUGAUAACGUUGUCUACAUGGCACCAGUUGAAGAUGGAGCCAGUCCAGUUGAGAAGUAUAGCUAUUUAGGUAUGUCUGUAUCUGGUGCUAAUUUCUUCGGCUCGGAGGCAUCGUAUGCAGCGGGAGCCCCACGUGCUCAUGGAACUGGUCAAGUAGUUUUAUUUAGUAAACGAGUUAUUUCUGACUGGACCAGAAAUGAUGUGAAUAUUCUUAAUUUUACUCUGGUCCUCAAUGGCGAACAGUUCGGUUCUAGCUUUGGAUACGAAGUUGCUUCAGCAGAUGUAAACGGCGACGGAUUAUCAGACCUAUUGGUCGGGGCACCAUUCUAUUUUUCACGCGAUGCUGGUGGUGCAGUAUAUGUGUACUUAAAUGAAAACCAUAAUCUCCCUCAAGAUUACAGUCUCAAACUAACUGGCAAGCCUGAAUCACAAUUUGGUAUUGCAAUUGCUAAUACUGGAGACCUAAAUAGAGAUGGUUGUGAAGAUGUAGCCAUAGGCAGUCCGUACGAAGGCAAUGGAGUUGUUUACAUUCAUAUGGGAGAUAGAAAACUUGGUCUAAAAGCGAAACCAGAUCAAGUUAUUAGAGCGGAAUCCUUACCAACGGUUAUGAGGACAUUUGGCUAUUCUCUAUCUGGCGGAAUGGACCUAGAUGAGAACGGAUAUCCAGAUUUAUUAGUCGGUGCUUAUGAGAAUAGUAGCAUCGCACUUAUCAGAACGAAGCCGAUAAUCGACAUAAAGACGUCGAUUAAACCAUCGAAUACUAUUAUCAAUAUAGAUCCUUCCGUCCAAGGCUGUACAAAAGAUCCUAAUUCUAACUACACUUGCUUCACUUUCCAAGCAUGCUGUAUAAUCAAAUCUCUCGUACGGUCAACUCAAAGCAACAGUCAUGAAUUGAAUUACGUCAUCGAAGCUGAAACGUUCCCUGGUGGAAGAAAAUAUUCCAGAGUGUUCUUCGAUUCGGAAAAAUCUAAUAUUAUCAAUAAAACAAUACAUCUGGGCAAGGAUGUGGAAGAUUGCAGAGAACAUGUCGUGUAUUUAAAAAAUAACACCAGAGACAUUCAAACACCAAUCAAAUUUCAAGUAACCUACAAGAUAGUUCAGAUCCAACCGAAAUACUCGACUGUAGGAGAGUUACCCAGAAUAGAUGACUAUCCAGUAUUGAAUGCUACCGCGACAUCAUCAUUCAGUGCUAACUUCCUUAACGACUGCGGUUUGGACGGAGAAUGCGUCAGCGACCUGAUCGUGGAUCCUGUACUACAAUUACCAAAAACCGAGGACGGAAAAUCGUAUGCCUUAACUCUUGGCCAGGAAGAAGAAAUAAAACUCUCUAUAUCAGUAGACAAUUAUGGUGAAUCUGCGUAUGAAGCUCAACUGUUCGUCCAACACCAUGCCAGUUUACACUACAUUGCUGCGAAUAUUACAGGCAAGCACAUGAUAUGCACGAGUGUUAACAAGACGACGGUGUCCUGCCUUCUCGAGAACCCGUUCAAGAAGCAACAAGACGGUAAUCCACCAAUAACGAUGCGAUUCGAUGCGAGAGCCUUGGAAGAUAACGAGCCCUCUGUAAUUUUCACUGUUUGGGCAAAUUCAACAUCAAAGGCAUUACAUCCUGAAAAGAAACCGGCAAAAGUUGAAGCACUGGUUAUCAAAAACGCUGAAUUGCAAAUUAAAGGCGCCGCACGACCGGAGCAAGUGUUCUACGGCGGCGAGGUGAAGGGAGAAUCUGCCAUGACUUACUUUGAUGAUAUCGGCACUAGAGUCGUGCACACAUAUCAGAUAUUCAACGAAGGUCCCUGGCGAGUGUCUUUGGUCCAGGUUGUGAUAUCAUGGCCUCAUCAGGUUGCAUCCGAAAACUCACAGGGAAAAUGGUUGCUGUAUCCUGAAGAUAUCCCAACGGUUGAUGGAGAAGCAGGUCAAAGUAAUGGAAACUGUUUUAUAUCUGGUAACGAGAUCAAUCCCCUUAAACUUACACCACGGCCGGGUGGUGCUGAACCAUAUCUUGAGAACCUCGAAAUGGAUCCUUUCUUAAGUUCUGGCAAACUCAGCGUCAGUUCCAGCGAGAAGAGCCACAACUUCACUAAAGUUCAAAACCAAAUAGUGGGUUAUUCAACCGGCACUGACAAAAAUGUUAGAAGAAAAAGACAAAGCGAUAUCGUUAAAGCCGAAGCUUACACUGACAAGGAUGGACAAAGAAAACAUGUUGUUAAUAUGAACUGUCAAAAGAAGAGCGCUAAAUGCAUACAGUUCCAAUGCGUUAUAUACCGCUUGGGUCGCAUGCAGGCGACCACGAUCACCGUCCGAGCUCGGCUGUGGAACAGUACCCUGGUGGAGGACUACCCUCGAGUCAGUCACGUGAACAUCGCCUCCACCGCCUACAUACACAUACAAGACAAUAACAUACACCAGAACAAGAAACACGAUGACUUCGCUACUGUGGAAACAGUUGCUUAUCCCGAUUUGAAGAUCAGUGAACCUUCGGAAGUGCCUUUAUGGGUGAUCAUAGUGUCUGUAAUAGUUGGUUUAAUAGUUCUAAUUCUUCUCAUAAUUGCUUUAUGGAAACUCGGUUUCUUCAAGAGAAGUCGUCCGGAUCCGACACUAUCCGGUAACUUGGAGAAGAAUAAUCAUGAGUCCAGUCCUUUCAUAGGUCGAGAUAGAACCAGUAUUCGAUAG